AUGGACAAUGCAUGGAUUUCAAUAUCAGCUCAUACAAUACUGGUACAUGGUUUUUUCACAGUUUCUAAUCGGAUAGAGGAGGAGUCGCUUAAAUACUUGGAGAAAUAUCACUCUAUAAUUCGCUGGUCGUCGAUGAUUUUACGCCUUGCAGAUGAUUUAGGAACUUCAUCGGAUGAGUUAAAGAGAGGUGACACUCCUAAGUCAAUGCAAUGUUACAUGAAAGAAACUGGUGCUUCCGAGGACGAUGCACGCAAACACAUACAUUUUCUGAUAUCCGAGACAUGGAAAAAAAUGAACAAGGAUGGAGAUGCAGAUUGUCCGUUCUCACAAACUUUUAUUGAAAGUGCAAAGAAUAUUAGUAGAAUGUCACAAUACAUGUACCAGUAUGGAGAUGGCCAUGGCAUGUUAAAUUCUGAAACUAAGGAUCGCAUCUCGGCUUUAGUCUUUGAGCCGAUCCCCUUGGCAUAG